CUACCUCCCUCUCACAACAUAAAGGCAACAUUCAAAGCAACAAACUAGCAGCUCAUGGCAUGGAGGAGCCGUCGGGCAGCCGCAGCGAUCUGAUCCGUGCAAGCCUUGAUGGAUAAGCGGCAGAUCACGGUCCGAGCCCAGUGAUCAUCGAAGCCGAACUGAAAGCCUCGUUUCUCCGCUCGAGUGUUGUCCUCUCCCCCCCCCCCCCCCCCCCCCCCUCUUUUUUUUUUCUCUCUCUCUCCCGUCUCUUCUGAAAUCUGACUUUUACAUCAUCGCCUUUUUUUUCCACUCCACUUCUGGAUGGCAGACUCGGGCUAAUUUGCCUGCGUGUUACGCAGUCAAACAGUGACAAAAGGAAAAAAAAAAAGGACAGACAGAGAGGUUGAGCUCAUCCUGCAGCUCUUCAGAUGUCUUCUUAAACUUUGAGCGAGAGGGACACGAACCCUGAAGCCCCCGCUGCUUGCUCUACACGAGGGACCAAACACACGUCUCCGCUAUCUUCCACUUUGUGUGGGAAAAAAAAGGACGCGUCUCGGCGAAGAGGGAUCGUGGAAGUGACGGAAAUCAUGGCAGCUACUUUAUCAGCAGACGAGGAGCAGGCGACCAGGCAGUUUCUGGAGGAAAUCAACAAGUGGACUAGUCAGCAUGGAGUGUCACCGCUGUCCAGAGAGUUGGCCGUCAAGUUCCUCAUGGCUCGCAAAUUCGAUGUCCUCCGAGCCAUCGAGCUAUUCCACAGCUACAGGGAAACGCGUCUCAAAGAAGGAAUCGUCAGACUUCAGCCUCACGAGGAGCCGCUGCGCUCAGAGCUGCUCAGUGGAAAGUUUACUGUGUUGAGUGUGCGGGACCCUUCAGGAGCUUCCAUUGCCUUGUAUACAGCUAAACUUCACCACCCUAACAAGACAGGUAACCACGUGGUGCUUCAGGCCCUCUUCUACCUCCUGGAUCGGGCCGUGGAAAGCUUUGAGACCCAGAGGAAUGGCUUGGUGUUCAUCUAUGACAUGGCCGGCUCCAACUACACAAAUUUCGAGCUGGACCUGAGCAAGAAGAUCCUCAACUUACUCAAGGGGGCGUUCCCCGCCAGGCUGAAGAAAGUGCUGAUUGUCGGGGCACCUGUUUGGUUUCGAGUGCCCUACAAUCUGCUCAGUCUGCUGCUCAAAGAGAAACUCAGGGAGAGGGUUCAGAUGGUAAAAAUGGCAGAGCUGCGUCAACACCUCCCCAGAGACUGUCUCCCCCAGCACCUUGGCGGUCUGCUGCCUCUGGACGCGUACAGCUGGAACCAGCAGCUGCUGGCGGGCCAGAACGGCAGCGUGGACCCCGUGGAUGAGCUGGUGGCCAUUCCUUUGGAGGACACCUCCAUUCACAUCCCCGGGCCCGAGUCCAUGCGCCCGCAGGAGCUGCUGACACACCUCGGCAGGCUCCAGCGCUCGGGCAUCCAUCAGGAGUAUGACGAGCUCCGCAAAGAACUGCCACCUGGAACCUUCCACUGUGCACAAGCAGCCUGCAAUCAGGAAAGGAAUCGCUAUGGAGACGUGCUGUGCCUUGAUCAAACAAGAGUUCGUUUGAAACCCAGACGAAAUGAGAGAUCGGACUACAUCAAUGCAAGCUUCAUGGAUGGCUACAAGCAGAAGAAUGCAUACGUUGGUACUCAAGGACCACUGGAAAAGACCUAUGGGGAUUUCUGGAGAAUGGUCUGGGAGCAAAAUGUGCUCGUUAUUGUCAUGACUACCAGGACGGAUGAGGGCAGUCGGAGGAAAUGUGGACAGUAUUGGCCGUUGGAUGAAGGGGGACAAGAGGUGUACGGCCACAUGGCAGUGGUGAACCAAAGGGUGGACCACCACACCCACUACAACCACACAACCCUUGAACUGCACAACACUGAGACGUGUGAACAGAGACACGUGAGUCACUUCCAGUACCUCAGCUGGCCGGAUUAUGGCGUUCCCACCUCAGCUGUGACUCUCAUCGACUUCCUGGGAGCUGUGAAGAAACAACAGAGGAAAAUGGUGAAGGCUCUGGGACCUCAGUGGACGGGCCACCCACUGGGACCCCCAAUGGUGGUCCACUGCAGUGCAGGGAUUGGAAGAACAGGUACCUUCUGUGCCCUGGACAUCUGUCUGUCCCAGCUACAGGACGUGGGCUCACUUAAUGUGUGCCAGACCGUGCGGCGCAUGCGAACACAGCGAGCCUUCAGCAUUCAAACCCCAGACCAGUACUACUUCUGCUACAAUGCCAUCUUGGAGCACGCCCAGAGACAGGGUCUGCUCCCUGCCAAUCAGUGAGCCGCAGCGACCCCCCCCCCCCCCCAACCCCCCGACUCCCACAACCAACCCAUGAGCCCCGAGCUUUCUGUGGUCAACCUGUUAACCCCACGCCGUCUUAUGUGACCAAUUAGUGACUCCAGGAAAGAAGCUGUCAUAUGAAACUCAAGCCAUUCUUCACUGGCCAGACCAAGACAUGAUACCAACAAUAAAACGCUCUACUGCUGAAAUUGUGAUGUUUCACUGUGAUAACAUUCUGUCCGCCAACAAUGUGACAUUUUGUUUUUGCUGAACAUUUCUCAGAAAAUGAUGUGGCAGAGUGAACACACUGCUCCAGUGCCGAUGUUUGGCCUGUGGUCAGGGACACUGUGUGAAAUGAUCGAGGUAAUGCUCAUUAGCCUUAAGUUUAUAUAUUCCCCACUCUUUUAGGUAUUGUUUAGGGACCUUUUGUGUAAAGGUGUAGUACACCCCCAAAAUAAAAAAAAGUCAGUAAUGUCAGUAACCCUCUGUCCCACGUCAUUUAAAGCUCCACUGAUGUUUUUAUGAGUGCAGAACAAGAAGUUGGCGUCAACAUGGCCGUGUCACAACUGCUGUAGAAAGUUUUUGUUGCUCAAUUUCCCAUCUGCACAAGUACUUUUUGUACAAAAAUAAUGUUAUGGAGAGGGUUUUAGUUCAGUGCAAAGUCCAAUUAUCCAUAACUGAAAUACUCUUUCAAAAAGCUACAGAAGGAGAGUUUUUCCUGUCUCCAGUAAACGUUGCCUUCACUGCAGGGGGAUUUUUUGUUUAGCAGAUGGUCUCGUGGAUGGUACGAACUUGUUCUGCGUCUGUCAUUCUGAACACGAGGAGGUGAAACUACCCGAGGUGUCACUAGAUGACAGUACGGAGGCCUGAAGAACAUCCAAAAAUGACCAGACUUACAGUAUACACUCCCCCAAAAAUGGCUGUUAUGUCCUGUCUGUGAUCACUCAUUAAACUGCUGUCCAUGUGAUUCCCUCUUCAGGGUUUUGUUUUGUUGUUUCCCCCCAGUAUAUCCACUGAAACACAGAUCCCUGCCCUCUCACUGAAACCUGGAGACUUUGUGAUUGGCAGCACAGACAGUGACCAGUGUCUUUGGUUCGCAUUGCCGUCAGGUUUUAGUGAGAGUAGGAAUGUAUUACUCAACCACACCUGCCAUACGUACACACAUACACCCUUGUUUAGAGCAUUUCAUGCUGCAGUGUCAAAAGCCAUUGACGCAUAAAUCUGUAUAAGUCAUCACUUACGACCUCAUGAAUAGUGCAAUACUUUUCUUUCUUUCUUUCUUUUUUUUUACACAAGUCAUGUUUUAGCACUUUUAAGUAACUAUUCCCAGUGUGCUCGGAGAUGAGUCAUUACAGUGGCUGUUUAGGAUGGGAUGACAAAUCUUAAUAGUAAUCCUCUAGGUCUGCAUGUGUUGCUGGGAUAACUUGAUUGUUGUUAAAUUUAGCAAUGCUUAAAAAUAUUUGGUAACACACCUUUUUCUUUGGACUCACUGUAAACGUCUGCAUAAAGCUUCAUUAAGACAGAUCAAGAGGAUUUUACAGGGAAAACCAAAAUGAAUGACUAAUAGCUGAAAAAGCAUGCACAAAUGUGUGCCUAUACACCCUACAAAGUCCUUCUUGUGCACUUGAGAGUCAGAAAUUUAGUCAGUUAUAUUUACAAUAUUAUUAUUAUUAUUAUUAUUAUUAUUAUUAUUGUUAUUGUGUUACUUUAAGUUCAUCUGACUGUGGUGGUAAUCUGUGCUUUCAUCUGGUCCCAGUGUCUUGCCAUGAUUAUCGAGUAAGUGUACAAGUACUGAGUGUUUGUGAGUGUGUAUCAUAUUUUGCAUUAUGUUGUUGCCGGGUGAAAAAUGUGUUCUUUGCUACAGAAUUCAUAUUGAAUUUUGCUUGUAGUGAAGCGAUUCUUAAGUCUGCCGUCUGAUUUUUAGAAUUCUGUUUCCUUUCUGUGACAGAUGCAAAAUGUGCCCCCGUUUUAUUUUUCUAUUGUAUUCAACAACCGUUUUCAUACAAUUACCCAGGAUUAUACAGUUAUCUACUUUAAUUUUAUAUUUGUUCUGUUAUAACCUAUGACUUUAUCAUUUGUAUGAAUAUUAAAUCAAGCUAUACUGUAAUAAAUACAAACCAUGUCAAUGUG